UCUCACAAGCACGCCACACAUCAAUCGUCUGGAGGGCAGCAAAGCAAACAACGCAAUGGCAUCCUCCUACGCAGCCAUCGGUGCCGUCCUCCCCUUGUUCUUGCUUGCCGUCGACGCGGCACUGGCCCCUGGCGCGGCGCCGUUGUCGACAGGGUUGCUGUCCAUCGAGGACGCGUGCAAGCAGACCGCCGAGCUCUACGACCUCUGCAUCGCGACCCUCUCCCCGGACCGGUCCUCCCUAACGGCGGACGCGACGGGCCUGACCAGGGCGGCCAUCCUGGCCGUCCAGAAGAACGCGUCGGAGACAGCCACGUACCUCUCGAGCAUCGACGAGGACGACAACUUCAACAAGACGGCGCAGCUGCAGCAGUGCCUCGAGGACUGCGGGGAGCGGUACGAGGCGGCGGUGGAGCAGCUCACGGACGCGGCGAUGGCGCUGGACAUGGGGGCGUCCAACGAGUCGCAGGCGCUGGUGGCGGCGGGCCAGGCUGAGGUGAAGCUGUGCCAGAGGGGAUGCCAGGCCGUGCCGGAACACCGGGACAUCCUCAUGGCGCGGAACACCGAGGUCGACCAUCUCUGCAGCAUCGCCCUCGCCAUCGCCAAGCUCAUCCGCUGAUGACCGGCAUCACCAUACGUAGCAUCGCCCUCGCUGUGGAAUACGAUGGCCAUAGAUCUCUUCGAGGCCAUGGUUGCUAAUGCACUAAUUUGUUGACACGGUAGGAACUGGAUAGUGGUUGUGAUCUUUCUGUUAACUAGCUGUAUUGACAGUCGUCGUGAUUCAA